CGAACCAGCACCCACAGCGCAAAUUCCUUUCGUGUCUGUCGCCCGGAAAAUAUCUAACCACCGCGGAGUAUUGGCAGGGUGAGGGGCGCGUGGGAGGCGAAGAUGUGGUCCCAUCGGAGCAUACAUAAUACUUCGAUCGCCCGCAUGUCGUCUGUUUCUGAUUCUGCUUUUCUUUGGUGGUAUUGCACGUGAACGUGUUGUUUGCUCUCAUCAACAUGGCCAUCGACCACUUGAAGGAACCUGCGGUCUCUGGGGUCAACGAGGAUCCUGUCACUCUGGAUCCCGAGGCUUCUCAGACACCGGUGGAGGAUCAAGAUCAGCAGGAUGGUGUUCGUGUCGCAGAAGCAGUCACUGCUACUUGGGAUAAGAAAUCCCUCAUCAUCACCUAUGCCUCUAUGUGGUUGUUGUACUUUGUCAAUGGAUUGAACAGCAGCUUGACCGCGAACCUGUCUGCGUACAUCACGAGUGACUUUUCGGAGCACUCAUUGCUUACCGUGAUCACGGUUAUUACCAGUGUCAUGGGUGCUGCAUGUCUGAUGCCUAUUGCCAAGGUGUUGAACCUGUGGGAUCGUACCUUGGGUGUCUGCAUCAUGGUACUGAUUGCCAUCAUGGGCCUGAUUAUGAUGGCUGCGUGUAAUAACAUCGCAACCUACUGUGCUGCUCAAGCAUUCUACACUGUCGGUUUCACCGGUGUGAUUUUCUGUGUCGAUGUGAUGACCUCCGAUACUUCGUCGCUGCGCAAUCGAGGCAUUGCCUACGCCUUCACUUCCUCACCGUACAUUAUCACCGCAUUUGCCGGCUCGCCCCUGUCGAACCAAUUCCACGAGACCAACUGGCGCUGGGCGUAUGGAACCAUCUGCAUCAUCCUCCCCAUCGUCGCGCUCCCACUGAUCGUUACCUGGGAAUUGGCAAAGCGCAAGGCGGACCAGGAGGGCCGACUGCAAUACAAGCCACGAAGCACUCGGACCUGGUGGCAGAGCACUUGGUUCUACAUCAUCGAGUUUGAUGUCAUCGGCAUUCUCCUUAUGAUUGGCGGCCUGAUCCUCUUCCUCACUUCGUUCAACAUUGCCGGAAACACCGAAGGCGAAUGGGCCUCGGCAAAGAUCAUUGCCAUGAUGGUAGUUGGCUUUGUCGUUCUCGUCGCCUUUGUCGCCUACGAGCGGUGGGGAGCGCCCAAGCCCUUCAUCCCAUACCAUCUGAUCACCAACCGCACCGUGAUCGGUGCGUGCCUGCUGGACAUCACUUACCAGAUCUCCUACUAUUGCUGGGCCAGCUACUUCACCUCCUUCCUGCAGGUGGUCUACAACACCAGCCUGACCCAAGCGGGUUACAUCAGCGCCAUCUUUGACCUCAUGGACCCCAUCUGGCUCAUCGGAUGUGGCUACCUCAUCCGCGUUACUGGCCGCUUCAAGUGGCUGCUCAUGUGGGCCGUUCCGCUCUACCUCCUGGCCAGCGGAUUGAUGAUCUACUUCCGCCAGCCCGGUCAUAACGUGGGAUACAUGUGCAUGUGUCAGAUCUUCCUGGCCGUGGGCGGUGGCACUUUGAUCCUCAUCGAGCAGGUCUCUGUGCUGGCUGCCUCCAGGCACGAGGACUACGCCGCCAUGCUAGCCUUGCUCAGCACCUUUGGUAACCUGGGUGGUGCCGUCGGGGCCAGUGUUUCGGGCGCCAUUUGGACCAACACGCUUCCCCAGAAAUUGCGUGAAUACCUGCCGGAUGAGACGAAGGAUCAGUGGGCGGAUAUCUACGAGUCUCUGGAUAUUCAACUGAGUUACCCUGUGGGAUCUGCCACGCGCAUCGCCAUUCAAAAGGCCUAUGCGUAUAGUCAGCGCAACAUGAUGAUUGCCGGAACGGCCGUGAUGGUCCUCUCGAUUGCCUGGGUCUUGAUGAUGAAGAACAUCAAGAUCAAGGACAACAAGAAUGUCUCGCAGGUUCUGUUCUAGAUUGGCCAAGCUCCAUGAUUGUUGGAUUACUCGUUCUUCAUCCGGCUGGUAUCUCAUUUC